CUCAACUCAACUCGUCUAGGCUUACUUCAGUGUAAUGAAUCAACAAGCAUUGAAAAUGAACAAAGGCCCUGAACAGGAUGAAAGAAGAACAAAGAGGAGGUUGGCCGUGGAUAUGGAUAGAGACAUGGAAGAAGAAAAAGACACGAACAAGUCGCUUUCAUGCUGUCGGAGAAAGCAAAAUGUGAAAAGGGUAUCAAGAAGAAGAGCUUCUAGAGGGAAGGGGCGUUCAAGGCGUUCUCGUUCACGCAAAUCUAGGUCCAGGUCGAGAACAAGGCAUAGCAGGAGUAGAAAAGGGCGAAGCAGAAGGCCCAGGCGAUCGCGCAGAAGAAGCAGGAGAAGCAGAAAAAGUGGGAAGCGCGGUAGAAGCAGAAAAAGUCGCAGAAGAUCAAGGAAAUCAAGGAGGAGAAGAGGACGAAGUAGAAAGUCGAGAAGCAGAAGGUUGAGAAGAAGAAAGUCGAGGAGGAGCAGAAGAUCAAAGAGCAGAAAAUCAAGAAGAAGACGAAGAAGACGACGAUCUAAAGCUGAGAUCAUAGCGGAUAAUCGAGAACAAUUGACCAAAUCACAAAGCUUGACUACUCCCAGCGCCAAAACCUUGCCAGAUAAAGAUGCAGCAAUAGCAAAUUUGGAGGCUCCAGUCACUCCGUAUUCACCGAUGAGGAAGGAUAAAAGGACCAGACCGAGCCAAGACGGAGCUAUUCUCAAAGCUGCACAGCCUGUCAUAGAAAGAGAUGUACGAUUCGAACCAAUGCGAUCUCCAGACGAGCGUCCGAAGAAAGAAGACGAUGCUCCGUCGACAGCUAUCGACAUUGAUAGUUCGAUAAAAAGGAGACGCCCGAAACCGCCAGCGUAUCAGGCAGCAACAGAAGCAGCUGUGAGACGAGAACAAGUCAUGCGCCAGAGAGAAGAAGAGAGAUUCAUGAGACCACCUACGGAAGAACCGGCAGUAGAGCAACCUGCUUUUCAACGUGUUCCCGAUAUGGUUCCUAUUGAAGAAGGAAUUGAUCCAGAUUAUCCUGCCCAACGUAUAGUUAUCAGCAAUUUUGUCCGUAAUGGGUGCCAUAUCAAACGUUGGCUAUAUGAAGAUAGUUACCCACUGGACGCUCCAAGGCCUUCAAUUUAUGGUCUGACAGGAAAAGGCAGACAAUAUCCGAAUUGCUGUUGUGGAAGAAGAGGUUUGUGUUAUGGAUGCUGUGGCAGAGGUUCUACGUCAAAGCAAAGAGGUUACAUACAAGAUAAUUACGAAAAUGAUCGCAUUCGAGGAGAAUUACAACGUCUCGAUGUAAUACUGAAGAAUCUCGAAGACUAACAAACUAACACAAGAAAUGCACCUACGUUGUACUUGCAUGAAUAAAGAAAAAAAUAAAACAC